AUGUCGAGGGCGCACCUUUCCUUAAAUGAAUACUAUGAGAUACAACAGAAUGAGCUGGAGGCUAUUCAGUCCAUUUAUAUGGAUGAUUUUGUUAAUUUGACUAGACAGAAAUCUACUUGGGACAAGAAACCACAAAUAAUAUUUGAAAUAACUCUUCGAUCGACGGAGAAGGAACCGCUUGAAUCAUCUUUAACCUUACAAGUGGCAUUGACACCUCUAUAUCCCCAUACUGCUCCGGAAAUUACUUUUAAAAAUGUGCAUAAUGUUAUGGAUAGCCAGUUGAGGUUCUUGACACAAGAAUUUGUAAGGAUCCAAGAGGAAUCGAAGGAUCAAGAAACUAUCUUUGAAAUUACUUCACUAGUCCAAGAGAAAUUGGACGAAUUUCAACAUGGUACAAAUAGUCACUCCUUAGAAGAGGAUAGAUUGCAAAGGAUUCGAGAGAGUAAAGAGAGACAAGAACGUGAAGAAGCAGAGAGGGAAAGACAGAUGCAAGAGAUGAAAAUAAGUGAACAGAAGAUUAUAGACGAAAUUGUUCAGAAGGAAUUGGAAAAAAGACAAGAUGAUGAUGAUGAUGUAUCAACUAGAAAUGCACCAAUUGAUUUACUUCCGCCGCAAGAAUGGGUAAAUUCUGGCGAGGCUGUUGUAUUCAAUAAGACAAUAAGGGCUAAAUUGCCCAACAAUUCUUUCUACAGAUUUCGAGCAGUGGUCAAUCCGAAACCCAUUAAACUACAUGCUGAUCUUUUCUGUUUUGCUGAUCAAUAUUUGGUCAAGCCCUACAUUCCACCGGAUUCACCUCUUGCGGAAGCGCUAAUGUCAUCAGAAAUGAUGGAAAAUUUCCAUUACUUAUUGACUGAAAUACAGAUGGAUAAUUCUUACUUCAAUACGAGUUCUGGGAAAAAGGAAAUUUCUAACUUGGAAAAAGAAUUAGAAUCUCUUCUAAAAGUAAGUCAUGAUAAUGUAAAUAGACUGUAUGCCUACACUGUGGAACGAGUCGGUAAAAGUAGUUCUUCCUUUGUAUGGAAAAUACGAAUACUUACCGAGUAUUCGUUGUCGUAUCCAAUUGGUGAUGUGGUUGAAUCUGUAGGGUUCGUCAAUUUGGCAACUGCUCGUGUAUGGAUGAUCCGUCUAUUAGAAGGGCUCGAGGCACUGCAUAAGGUCGGAGUUGUGCACAAAUACAUUUCUUUUCAGACUGUCACUUUGGUCAAGGAUACCGAUUUUGGUACAACGGCUCCCAAGUUGUUACACUCCUCUUGUGGAUAUACCUUAAUUAGUAUGCUUUCAAGACAUCCUAAUAAACAAGGAUCUCGUUUAGAAUUUCCUUCAUGUGCUUGGACUCCUCCAGAAUUAUUAGACAAUAAUAACACAAAACCUCAUAGAUUGACAGACAUUUGGGAAGUGGGUGUGCUUUUUAUCCAGGUGAUUAAUGGCGUCGAUACUGUAUUGAAUCAUCCAUCUCCUCAAGAGUUUCUGGAGGCCAUAAGCAUGGAACCCGCUUUACAUGAUUUCCUUUCUAAGAUGGUAGCAGAAGAUCCUAAGAAACGACUAAGUCCGUUGGAAUUACUUCCCAUGAAGUUUUUAAGGACAAACAUUGAUUUUAAUGCGAAUAAGCUCAAUGUUUUACACGAAAAUAACCACAUAACACCUUCUAGGAGAUCCUUUUCGGGAUCAUUUGCUUUAAAAACUAGAACAGCGUCCCAAUCAAGUGGUCGCAGAAGAUCCUUUAAUGUAGGUUCUAAAUUUUCAUCUACAAAUCCUGCUACUACCUCAAGGUAUGCUUCAGAUUUCGAAGAAAUUGCGGUGUUGGGUAAAGGUGCUUAUGGUCAAGUGGUAAAAGCUCGUAAUACGUUGGAUAGUAGGUAUUAUGCAAUCAAAAAAAUUAGGCAUACGGAGGAAAAACUCUCCACGAUUCUCAGCGAGGUCAUGUUGUUGUCAAGUUUGAAUCAUCAGUAUGUAGUUCGAUAUUAUGCUGCUUGGCUAGAAGAAGACUUUGCAUUCGACGAGGAGGCAAUUGAAUCUGAGGAGGCAAGUGAAUCUGAGGACGAAGAAUCCGGAUCAGAAACUGAGGAUGUGCUUGAUGAGUCAAGCGUUACGAGAAGCAGAACAGCACAAAGUUUAGAUAACAGUAAUUGGGAUUUCAUUUCGGGUUCAGGAUAUCCAGACAUUGUUUUUGAAGAAAGUACAAACUCUAGAAAAAGUUUCGUGACUGGUCCUGUAGAUGAGGGUUCUUCUGGUGAUGAUGAAGAUUCUGAAGAGGACUCUGAGAAAGGUGAGAUCCUUUCACAAUCACGAAGCACUGCUAUAAAUGCUACAAGGCAUCAAUUCCAACAGCAAGUGAAAAAGAAAAGUACACUUUUCAUUCAAAUGGAGUAUUGUGAGAACCGAUCCUUAUACGAUUUAAUUCAUACAGAGAAUUUGAGUAUGCAACGUGAUGAGUAUUGGAGAUUGUUCCGACAGAUGUUAGAGGCCCUUAGUUACAUUCAUUCUCAAGGUAUAAUUCAUAGAGAUUUGAAGCCAAUGAAUGUUUUCAUCGAUGAGUCGAGAAACGUGAAAAUUGGAGAUUUUGGUUUAGCAAAAAACGUUGAUAAGACCGCUGAUGUUUUCAGAAUUGGGUCUCAUUCGGCGAUGGGAAGUUCAGACAAAAUGACUUCUCAAAUUGGAACUGCACUUUAUGUAGCCGCCGAAGUGAUCUAUGGAAAGGGCCAAUACAAUGAGAAAAUUGAUAUGUAUUCUCUGGGGAUUAUCUUCUUCGAAAUGGUAUACUCUUUUAGCACUGGUAUGGAGAGAGUCAACAUUUUGAAGAACCUGAGAUCCGCUAAAGUGGAGUUUCCUGCUGACUUUGAUGAUAACAAGAUGAAGAUUGAGAAAAGGAUUAUCCGUCUUCUUCUUGAUCAUGAUCCGAAUAAAAGACCUGGAGCACAAAACCUGUUGGAUAGUGGUUGGCUUCCGGUAAAGCACCAGGACGAAGUCAUCAAGGAAGCAUUGAAAAGCUUAGCUGAUCAAUCCUCACCUUGGCAACAACAGGUGAGAGAGACCCUCUUCUCCCAAAGCUAUAGCUUAACUAACGACAUUUUGUUCGAUAAUUCACCACCACAAUCUACUCCCUUUGGACAGAUUUUAAAAGCAAAGAUGCUCGAAGAAUUAAUCAAACUUUUCAGAAAACAUGGAGCUGUCGCAAAUAAUGAACCACCAAGCAUAUUUCCUAAGGCACCAAUAUAUGGUACUCAAAACGUGUAUGAGGUGUUAGAUCAAGGCGGCACGGUCCUACAACUGCAAUACGACCUCACAUACCCAAUGGCAAGAUACCUAUCUAAAAAUCCGAACUGUGUUUCCAAACAGUUUCGUACGCAAUACGUAUUUCGUCCACCUGAACAUUCCAAAUCUAGUCUUGAGCCAAGAAAGUUUGGUGAAAUUGACUUUGAUAUUAUCUCUAGCUCCUCAGCAGAUUCCCCUUUUUAUGAGGCAGAGAGUAUUAAAAUAAUUGAGGAAAUAUUGACGGUCUUCCCAGUUUUUGAGAAGACCAAUACUUUGUUUGUCAUUAAUCAUGCUAAUAUCUUGGAAAGUGUCUUUGACUAUACGAACAUUGAUAAGGCACAAAGGCCUUUUGUUUCUCGCAUGCUUUCUCAGGUUGGAUACACCAAGACAUUUAAGGAGGCUAAAAGUGAAUUAAAAUCACAAUUAAACAUUCCUUCUACUUCUUUGAAUGAUCUGGAGCUUUUUGAUUUCAGGUUAGAUUUUGAAGCUGCUAAAAAAAGGUUACAUAAGGUCAUGGUUGACAGUCCGUACUUGCGAAAAGUCGACGAGUCUUUGUUGCAUAUUUCUAAGGUGAUCAACUAUCUUAAGCCCCUAGACGUUACGAGGAAUGUGAUAAUAGCGCCGUUGUGCAGCUAUAAUAGCGGAUUCUAUAGGAAUGGGAUUAUGUUCCAGGCUGUUUACAAUAGCGGAUCUUGUAGAAGCUUAGUGGCUGCUGGUGGUCGAUACGAUUCAUUAAUUUCUUACUUUUCAAGACCAUCUGGAGACAAGAGUCACAAUACUCAGAGGGCUGUGGGUUUCAACUUGGCUUGGGAAACGAUUUUUAGCAUUGCCCAAAAUUAUUUCAAGUUGGCUUCAGGAAAUAGAGUGAAGAAGAGAAACAAAUUUAUUAGAGAUAAAGCUCUUGAUUGGAGACCCAGUAGAUGUGAUGUGCUGGUCUCCUGUUUUUCUAAUUCUAUUCUCAACACCACUGGGGUCAACAUAUUGAACACUUUAUGGAAAAAUGGUAUCAGUACGGAUUUUCUUCGUCACUGUUACACAGUAGAUGAUGUGGUUUCAGGUGCCCAAAAGGAUGGUGUUGAUUGGAUUAUUUUGAUUAAACAGCAAACCUAUACUUUACCAAAUCACAAGAGAAAAUACAAACCUUUACGUGUCAAGAAUCUGCAGACUGCUUUGGAUAUUGAUUUGGACCUUGACGAAUUUCUCCAUCUUUAUCAUCAAGAAAGGCAACCAAAGCAUCUCAACGAUAAGAUGUUAGGUCCGGUUGACGCUGUGGAAGACUCCAAGAAAGUAGACGAUGGUAGCAGUGCUGGUAGCAGUAGAGAAAGCGACGAGGACGCCGUUCCAAGUUCAACUAAUCAAAAGGUUGUGUUCGUCCCAAAUCCAGCCACGAGAUCUAAGAAACUCAGUAAACGAGAAAAAUGGGUUUAUGAGGAUGGUGCCAGAGCAGCUUCAAACUCCAUUGUUAAUAGUCUUGUUUCGGCGCCAGUCGUUACAGUGGAUGCACUAAGAGAUGAAACCCUGGAAAUGAUUUCUAUUACAUCCUUGGGCCAAAAGGAUGAAUGGCUCAAGAGAGUGUUCGGAUCUGGCAACAAUUCUGUGCCAAGAAGUUUUGCAACGGGUAUUUACAAUACUUUGUCAAAGGAAGCUUCGAAGGGUAACAAAUGGGCGAUUUUAUAUUGUCAUAGAACUGGGAAGUCCUGUGUGAUAGAUCUUCAGAGGUAA